GUCCACGGGCGUGGGAGGCUGGUCCGAUAUAAAUCAGAGCGGGUGAGAGUGGAAUUGUGGAGUUGCCACGUCCAGCAAACAUAAUGACGUCGUGUGUCCUCGUGGUCGUCGCCGUCCUGGUGCUCGGAGGAGUGAAGGGUCAGGGGGAAGCCCCUCGGACCCGCAUGGUUGUGUUGGACAAAGGGUCGAAGAAUGUCUUCCGUGUCGACGUUGGCCUGAAUCUGUCUGAUCACCACAUUGAAACAUUCAACAUACCCUCCCUUGGCAGCAUCUCUGAUAUGGACUACGACUUCGUGGACGAUCGGAUUUACGUCCUCAGUUAUUUAGGGGACUGCAUGUCAAUCUUUGUCAAUGGUACCGACAGAAGAAUGAUUCGAUACCAAGGCGAUCGCCCCGAGAAACUGGCCAUUGAGCCGAAUGAGAAGGUCAUCUUUUUUGGCACCUCCUCAUUUGGGCGUCAGAAGAUCCUUUCUAUGGGAAUAGACGGCAGUGGGAAGACAGUUUUAGCCCAGAGGGCAAAAGAUCCGAUGCGCAUGGCUGUCGACUUUCAAAACAGAUACCUGUACUGGAUGGAGUUCUGUUGGUGCUCCUGGAUGUAUAGAAUGCGCUAUGAUGGGAGUGGGAUACAAAGACUUCCACACAAGAUACACCAGAAGAUAAGCCCCCACUCCAUUGACUUCUCCACCCUCACCCUGUACAGUGACGGCCCCCGGGGUUUGUACAAGAUGUCCCUCGACACAGGGGAGUCGCAGGUGAUCCUCCCCGGGCGAAUGGGCCACUCAGUGACUGACACUGUCUACGACCCGCGAACUGGCAGAAUCUUCCUGACCAACGACAGAUAUUUUGAUACGGUCAGCGCCUACACCUCCAACGGAACACGCCUCGGCAAACUCGACUGGAUGCCACUGACACGUGACCAGAAAAAGAUUGUCCGCAUCAACCCUCUGUGAGAUGUAGGGCUGAUAAACACACGCUCACGUUCAGUCGGGGCAGUGCUCAGAGCUGCACGAUGGACCAACACUUUGUGAAGAACACAGACUGUGUUUGUAAAGUACUGGAAUAAAAUACGUCAUACGUG